AUGGCUUCAGGAAAUCUCACAUGGUUGAUGGAGUUUAUUCUUGUGGGAGUCUCAGAUGAUCCAGAGCUCCAAAUUCCCCUCUUCCUGGUCUUCCUGGUGCUUUAUAUGCUGACUGUGGCAGGGAACCUGGGCAUCAUCACCCUCACCAGUGUUGACCCUCAACUUCAAACACCCAUGUACUUUUUCCUCCGACACUUGGCUAUCAUCAAUCUUUGCAAUUCUACUGUCAUUGCCCCUAAAAUGUUGGUUAACUUCCUGGUUACCAAGAAAAUCAUAUCUUACUAUGGAUGUGCAACCCAACUAGGUGGAUUCUUGCUUUUCAUUGUGGCUGAGAUUUUCAUACUGGCUGCAAUGGCCUAUGAUCGCUACGUGGCUAUUUGCCACCCUCUGCUCUAUGCAGUAGUGGUGUCUCCAAAACUGUGUUAUCUGCUGGUGUCCCUCACAUACCUUCAGAGUCUUAUCACGGCACUGACUGUCUCUUCCUGUGUGUUCUCUGUGUCAUACUGUUCUUCCAACAUCAUCAACCAUUUUUACUGUGACAAUGUCCCUUUGCUAGCACUGUCCUGUUCUGAUACCUACAUUCCAGAAACAGCAGUGUUUAUCUUUUCAGGGACCAACUUGUUUUUCUCCAUGACUAUUGUCAUAAUAUCCUACUUCAACAUUGUUAUUACCAUUUUGAGGAUACAUUCCACAGAAGGACGACAGAAAGCCUUUUCCACGUGUGCUUCUCAUAUGACAGCUGUGGUUGUGUUCUAUGGAAGUCUCCUUUUCAUGUAUUUACAACCAAGGACUAAUCACUCAUUAGAUACUGACAAAAUGGCCUCAGUCUUCUACACCCUGGUGAUACCAAUGUUGAACCCCCUAAUUUACAGCCUCAGGAACAAGACCGUGAAGGCUGCACUAAAGAGAUUCUUAGAAAACCCAUGCCGAUCACUCAAACUAAUGUAA